AUGCCGAGGGCCUUUCUGGUUAAAAAGGCGAACGUUUCGCCGGGAAAGCGGAACUGGAGUGAACUCCCCGAUCAUGAACGAGGGGACGUCUACAUCCCAGUCUCCAUCUUUCCUCCGUCCGUCCUGACGAUGGAGGUGGAGGCCAGCCCUGCUGAGACAACUCAGAUGACCACGCCCCUCUGCCUCACCAAACACUCUACCAUUGACGCACAAACUCACCCGGAGCUGCCCUCCAGCACGGUGCUCGGCAGACCCCAGAGCCUGGCGGGUUUACCAGAGGGGAGGUCAGAGAUCAAGAGGAGGCCGCAAGGCGGCUCCACAUACUUCCGAGCCAAAAUAAAGGUAACUACAGGCGAGUUACCCCCAGAUCCAGCUCCCCUUGCUCUGGCUCUUCCUCUCAUUCCCACUCCGCAACCAUUAGCUGCACUUCCUCCUGCACCGACCCCACCCCCACCAGAGCCGGUCCCAAUGGUGACCAGAUCCACGGGUCAAAGUCAAAGUGGGUCAACGGGAGCGUUCGUGUGCCAGGUCUGCCAGAAGACUUUCCAGUACCAGCGGAUGUUGAACCGACACAUCAAGUGUCACAACGAGACAAAGAGACACCUGUGCAGCUUCUGCGGCAAAGGCUUCAACGACACCUUCGACCUCAAAAGACACGUGCGCACACAUACAGGCGUCCGUCCAUACAAGUGCAACUUCUGCGACAAGGCCUUCACCCAGCGCUGCUCUCUGGAGUCCCACAUGAAGAAGAUCCACAGCAUCACCCUGAAGUACGCCUACAAGGAGCGACGCAACAAGCUGUACGUGUGCGAGGAGUGCGGCCACACGGCGGCAACUCAGGAUACGCUGCUCAUCCAUCUCCACUCGCUUCACCCUGACAGCCCCCUGCUGAAGAGCAAGGCCGCGAGAAGAGUGGGAGGAAGAGACGGUGGGUCAGUCGGAGGAUCCAUUCCCGGUUCUCCGCAGGGAGCUGAAAGCGAUGAUACCACCGGAUCGGCCGAGCAGUAA